UCAUAUCCUCACCAAUUUCAUCUGCUCUUUUUUUUUUACCUCCUUUAAUUUGCUGGAAGCCUCACUCAUCUCAUUACCUCAAGGUAUGUUAAGGGAAAAAGACUAGAUUUUUACUGUAAAGGCUUUCUUUUACCUGUUCUUUGUGACCGAUUUGUUCCUUUUAUGUGCUUUUACUUGUUUGGGCGAGUGGAUAAACCUGAAAGAUUGGGUUUUUAUUGAUGGGGCAGCCAUAUAUGUUGGUUUCUUGAAGUAUUUCAGUUUGGGGUAAAAAUAAAUUCAACCAGUUCUCAGUGUUUGCUUGGAUUUGCUUGUGAAUAUGAAAGAUUGGAUUUUUAUGAUUUUGGAUCUUGUCAACUUCUUGCAGGAUUUGAUGUGCAGUGGUUUGGAGAAGAGAAAUCUUUGCUCUGUUGGGCCUGAUAUGGAAAAGAAAAAUGGGGGCUCGAGCAAGAGUUGCUCGAAAUUGCUGGAGCUAUCCGCCUCGGAUGAUGUUUCUGGUUUUGCCGUCGAGGUGGAAGAGAAGGGUUUUGAUGUGAAUGAGCUGAGCUUCUGGUAUGGAAGGAGAAUCGGCUCUUCUUCGAAGAGGAAGAUGGGGUUGGAAGAGAGAACCCCUCUUGCAAUUUCCUCCAUGUUUGGCAGUGUUAAGGUUUUGAAGUAUAUUCUUGGAACAGGGAAGGUGGACGUCAACGCCGCGUGUGGCUCUGAUGGGGUUACCCCUCUCCACUGCGCAGUCGCAGGUGGAUCUGAGCUCUCCGUGGACGCCGUCAAGCUCCUCCUCUCGGCGUCUGCAGCAGUCAACGCUCUCGAUGCCAGUGGAAACAAGCCCGGGGAUUAUAUUGCCUCUUGCCACAAAAUCUCAGCCAGUUCAAGGAGGAGAGAACUGUCAUUCUUGCUGAACGGGAGCGUGGUCGAGGACGAGGAAGACGAUGGGGCGAAACUCGCGGGCGUCGUGCCGUGUGAGAGGAAAGAGUAUCCGGUGGACACGUCGUUGCCGGAUAUAAACACGGGGAUCUACGGGAGCGACGAGUUCCGGAUGUAUAGUUUCAAGGUGAAGCCGUGCUCGAGGGCGUAUUCGCACGAUUGGACCGAAUGCCCGUUCGUCCAUCCCGGCGAGAAUGCCCGGAGGCGGGACCCGACCAAGUACACGUACACCUGCGUGCCGUGCCCCGAGUUCAAGAAGGGAAGUUGCGGGAAGGGAGACGGGUGCGAGUUCGCGCACGGCGUGUUCGAGUCGUGGCUCCACCCGGCCCAAUACAAAACCCGUCUCUGCAAGGACGAGACGGGUUGCUUGAGGAAAGUGUGCUUCUUUGCUCAUAAACCGGAGGAGUUGCGGCCGUUGUACGCCUCGACCGGUUCGGCACUCCCUUCGCCGAGGUCACCUUCCGUCAGCUGCCCGGUCGACAUGGGCUCGCCCAUGGUUGUUAACUGCUCGUCCCCGAUGAGCGGGGGCGGGGCUACGUGGCAGAACACCUUUGCCCCGCCCGCGCUUCAGUUUUCGGGCAGCAGGCUGAAGACGACUCUGAACGCCCGGGACUUCGACUCGCAGUUGAUGGAGGAGAUGGUGGGGCUCGCGUCCCCGUCUCGUUGGAACAACGUGAAGCCGGCGAAUCUAGAUGACUUGUUCGGGUCUCUGGAUUCCCCGUUGGGUCUCUCUCCGUUACAAUCCCCGACGGGGCUCCAAAUGCGCCUCCAACAACAGCACCGCGCGACGGGCGGCGGGGGGUACACCUCGAGCCGGGCCCACGCGUUUGGGUACGACUCCUCGGCGGCGGUGGCCGCAGCGGUCAUGAACUCGCGGUCCGCCUCCUUCGGGAAGCAGCGCAGCCAGAGUUUCAUCGACCGCGGAAGGGUCGGGGCCGCCCACCAACGGUCGACCAACUCUCCGCCGUUGAUGACAUCAUCGUCGGACUGGGGUUCCCCGGACGGGAAACCGGAGUGGGGGUUCAGCGACGUGACGAACAAGCGGACCAAGUCCGCCUCGUUUGCGGUUCGGAACGGGAGCGGUUCUCCGAAGCGGGUGGCGGCACGGCGGGGGAACGAGCCGGACGUGUCUUGGGUGAAUUCGUUGGUGAAGGAUGUGCCGUCUUGGAUGGAUCAAAUGUACAUAGAGCAGGAGCAGGCGGUGGCGUAAUUAGUUAAGGUCUUAUUGGCAAUAAUGCAUUAUUUCCUCUCAUACGUACGUGGACGGGGUGAUAAAAAUUAUUCUUUUAUAUUUUUAUUAUUAUUAUAACUAGUUACUGUCUUACUGAUGAUGAUGAUGAUGAAUAAAUAUUACUACCAGUAUAAGUACAUUUUUAAAGAUGUUGGAUUAGCAGGCACGUAGUUUCCCGUUUUCCCCCAACACAACAACCCCACUGUUGGAUAGAUUGAGAAUUGAUGCAAACAAGAUAAAAAAAGUAUUUCGUUACGUAUUAUUGUUGCAUUUCUUUCAAUCUUUAUUGGAAUAAUUAAAUGUUGCGUUG